ACCUCUUUUCUUGGUGAUUUCUUAAAAGAACAAUAAUGAAUCUUUUUCCACCAAUAUGAUAGCAUGGAUUCUUUAGUUUGUCAUUGUUGCAGCUAAUUUGUUCUUCCCUGCAAAGCCAUUGCCUGUCUUACUUUGCAAUGACCAUGAAGACGAAUGUCAGCAGCUACUUUCAAAUGAUCACACUUUUGAUUCUCCUCCUCAUUCCAUCGUCAUACCUUGUUGACGCUGAAAUCAUAGAUUAUCCAUCAUUUGUUAAUGGCCCGAAUUCAUGGAGAAACACUCCUUCAUCCGACUUUAGUUUCUGGGAAUCAGCCGGUGUGAGGCCGAUCCUUGUUAAUGGGAAGUUUGUCUUUGGUUUCCAAUGCAGCUUUGAGGGUGACAACUGCCUAAUUGUUGUCUCCAUCUUCAAGACCAGUUCUGAUGGCAAUUCUAGAUUUUCUCCACAAGUGGUAUGGGCCGCUAAUCGGAACAAUCCAGUUGAGAUUCAAGCACUGUUGGAGCUUACUUCUCAAGGCCAACUUAUCUUGAAAGAUGCUAAUGAUACUUUGGUUUGGUCCCCAAGCACUGCAAGCAAGUCCAUUUCAAGGUUAACCCUGGGUUCUGAGGGAAACCUCAAGUUGUUAGACAAAACCAACCUCACGGUUUGGCAGUCAUUUGACCACCCUACGGAUGUUUUAGUUCUUGGUCAAAAGUUAGCAUCAGGGCAGAAGUUGAGGUCAAGUGUAUCGCCAUUCGAUUCUAGUGAAGGUUUGUUUGCAUUUGGUAUCAUUGAUGGUGUAUUCACUGCUUAUAUAGAUUCAGAUCCUUCUCAAAUGUAUUACAGAUCGUUUGUCUCCGAAGAUCAAUCCUAUGCUGAAUUCCAGACUGGAGGCUUCGGGAGUUUGAUAAUGGCAGCCUCAGCUAAUUUUAUACAGUUGGGAAGUGAUGGCCACUUGAAGGCAUAUGAGUUCAAAGAACAAGGAUUGAAGUGGGUGGGGACUGAUAUGCUCGACAUUGACCGAUGCAGUUAUCCAUUGGCAUGUGGAAGAUAUGGCGUUUGUUCAGGAACGGGAUGCAGUUGCCCUGAUGAUGCAAGUGAUAACGAAACAGCUUAUUUUAAGCCAAAUAAUUUUACAGCAGAUGAUGGAUGUCAUGCAAUUUCACCAAUCUCUUGUGAGCUAUCUCUUUAUCACAGUUUUCUCGAGCUCCGAAGAAUCAAAAUUCGAUACUUGGAUUAUAUCUUAUCCUCCAAGACAUUACAAUUAGAAGAUUGUAAGGAAGCCUGUUUACAGAAUUGUUCUUGCAAAGCUAUCUUGUAUAAUGGAAGGAACAAAUGCCUUCUUCUAUCUCAAGUGUUCUCCAUUGAGAAGAAAGAAGGUUUUGAUUCUGCCACAACUUUUAUAAAGGUGCAAAGUUCUCCAAUAUUUUCACAGAGCCCUAGCAGGAAUCCUUCAUCACCCAAUUUCCCUCAAAGGAAAAGGCAAAAUACAACAGUUAUUGUGGGCUCACUUCUUGGAACCAUCUUUGGUGUGUUUCUAAUCUUCUCUUUCCUUUUUCUAAGAUUUAAAAAUGGUUUCCAAGAAUAUGAGGAAGAUUAUCUAGACAACAUGCUGGGAAUGCCAACUAGAUUCUCUUACGAAGAGUUGAAGAACGUCACCAACAACUUCAGCAACAAGCUUGGCGAAGGUGGAUUUGGGUCUGUUUUUCGUGGAAUCCUACCUUCAGGUUCUGAAGUUGCGGUGAAGCAUCUUGUUGGUUUCGGUCCAGUUAACAAGUCCUUCACAGCUGAAGUUCAGACAAUUGGAAGCAUCCACCAUUUCAAUUUGGUAACUUUGGUUGGAUUUUGUGCUGAAAAAUCCAAUAGGCUUUUAGUUUACGAGUACAUGGCAAAUGGCUCCCUAGAUCAAUGGAUCUUCAACAAAAACCAAGAACCUGCUCUUGGAUGGCAAAUUAGAAAGAAGAUAAUUCUAGAUAUAGCCAAGGGAUUGGCCUAUCUUCAUGAAGAAUGCAACCAAAAGAUACUUCACUUGGACAUCAAAUCUCAGAAUAUUCUUUUAGAUGAGAAUUUUAAUGCUAAAGUUUCAGAUUUCGGGUUAUCUAAGCUAAUUGGAAGAGACCAAAGUCGAGUUGUAACAACUAUGAGGGGAACCCCUGGUUACAUGGCUCCUGAAUGGUUAAGCUCGGUCAUAACUGAGAAAGUAGAUGUCUAUAGCUUUGGUAUAGUAGUCUUGGAAAUUCUGUGUGGGCGUCAAAACUUUGACAGCUCUCAACAAGAGGAAGAUAGACAUUUAGUCGGACUUUUUAGGAGAAAGCAAGAAAUGGGGCAACUUAUGGAUUUAGUCGACAAGUGCAGCGAUGAUAUGCUGUCGAAUGCAGCAGAAGUUGUAGAGAUGAUGAAGGUUGCCGCAUGGUGUUUACAAACUGAAUAUGUCAGGAGGCCUUCUAUGUCCAUAGUUGUGAAGCUUUUUGAGGGCUCAGUUGAUGUUGUAGGUAACAUGAAUGAAGAAGACUUUUUAAAUGGAUUAACACAUGAAGCUAUGGAGACCUUUGCUUCAACAGUUCUACCCUCAAUGUUAUCUGGGCCAAGGUGAUGAUCAUGGAGAUGGACAUAAACCUUCAAAUAUAUUUCAUCAAGGUAGGAUGUAAGUUAAGGUAUGGAAACUCUUAAUCAGCUUAGUAAAUAAAAUUACAAAAAAAAAAA